GAAAGUGAUUAUGAUGUUCUGGUUCAUAGUUCCAACUCUCUUCUUGCCUGUGAUUGAGAACUCUGAAUAUCACCUGAUGCAGCUUCAUAAACCCGGUGGAGAGGCAGCGGUGAGACUUCGGAGGACUUUGGGACCUUGCCUUCCAAACCCAUGUUUUCACCAGGGAGAGUGUAAAAUUGUAGGCAACAGUCCCAACUGCACAUGUAAGACUGGCUUUAUGGGCCCAUUCUGUAAAGAUAUGGAGGUGAAACUCCUUUGCGAGGAGGAGUAUAUGAAGAUGAUGGUGAGAAAGGAAGUGUUUGAGAUACUGAAAGUCCCCUUGAGAUCUGUCCAUCUGAUGAACAGUUCUUGCGCUGCUUCUGAGCAAGAUGAGGAUGGAGAAAGCUUCUUUGGAGCCAAGUUGACAGGGGAAAACCACACUGCCUGUGGGUCAGAGAUCAAGGUCAAUGGUUCUCAUGUGUCUUAUGCCAAUGUGAUAGAGUCAGACCGGGAGGAUAAUGGUGUGAUCACCAGGAGCGCACUCAUCCGUGUACACUUCUCCUGCAUCUAUGCCUACAAGCGUGUAGUCAGCUUGCUGUACUCCCUCAAGGCUUUGGACACGUUUGUGCAAUUUUCAGUUAAAGAAGGGGACUUCACCGUAACCAUGGCCCUCUACGAGAGUGCCAGCUUCAAGAAGCCUUACAGCCAGCAGCCGCUGUUGCUUUUCAUGACGGACACCCUCUACGUCCUCCUGAAGAUAGAAGGGCAAGACCAGGUGAAGUACUUCUUUCUAAGUGUAGAGGACUGCUGGGGCACCCCAACGAAUGACCCUGAAGACAGCACGAAGCACUACCUGAUCAUGAAAGGCUGUCCACGUGACAAGACGCUGGAGUUCCUCAACGCCGUUGGAACCAGCACGGUGGCAAAGUUCAGCUUUCAAAUGUUUCAGUUCAAAAACUUCUCCGAGGUGUACCUACACUGCCAAGUCCGUCUGUGCAUUCCAGCCAAUCAGAAGCCGUGUGCCAAGGAGUGUCCCAUCAGGCAGAGGAACAAGAGGGAGCUGGUGGACAACUACAUGAAGAUUGUCUCCUAUGGACCCAUUGUGUUUGCAACCCACUCACACUUGGAAACCCGGAACACCAACGAUCAGACAUCCUUCUGGGCUGUGGAUCCCUGGUGUGAUGGUUGUGGUAGCCAUCAUUGCAACCUUCAUCUUCAUAGCUGUUGCAAAAGUCAUGAAGAAAUGAGCAACUUCUCAACAGCAAACUUCCAAAUAAAUCUAUAA